AUCAAAAUUAGUUUGAUGAAUACAUUUUGGAUUUAUUUUUACAAAAUGUGGCCCUGUAAUGAUGCUCGGGAAAUGGAUCUAAAACCCGAGGAUUAUGACUUCAAUGACAAACUGUCAUUCCAAACAAUAUGGUUAGACUACGACUCAUCUUGCGAGAAAAAAUUCAUCCUGAAUUAUUUUCCAUGCGACAACACGAUGGAACUGAUAGACCUACAAGUGAACCGCGUAUUUUUACGAAGAACAAACCUCCCAGCCGUCCGCAUCAAUGACAUGUUCAUCGGAAACGAAAUACGAGUUUAUGGGAGACAAAUCAAAAUCGCAGAUUAUGCAGACCGUCGAACCGCCAGAUUCGUAGGUAAAUAUAACGAGCACACUCUGGCUCUAAUAAAACCAGGGGGGAUGGAUCAAAUGGCGGAUACGUUGAAGAUAAUAGAAGAAAAUGAUUUUAAGAUAACCAAGCUGAAAGUAUGCCAACUGACGAGACACGAGGCCAAGUUGUUCUACGAUUACUCGCAGGAGGAAUCUUAUGCGCCAUCUUUAAUCGAACACAUCAUAUCGGGCCCUGUGGUUGCCAUGGAAAUAGUUGGCGAAAACGCUGUCAAACGUUGGAACAAACUGAUUGGUCAAACGUCAUCGUACGAGGCUAGAAGAACAAGCAACGAUCUCCACGGAUCUUUAAAUGAAGAGUUGGCCGUCAGAGAGGCAAAAUUCUUCUUCGCAAAUCACAGAUCCACCACUGCCUUGCGUCAAAAAAACACCACGUGCUGCGUUAUUAAACCACACGCCGUGAAAGACGGCAACAUCGGAAGAAUAGUUAAGCUGAUAGCCAACGAAAACUUCGCGAUCACUGCGAUGCAGAUGUUUAAUUUGAACAAGCCCAACGCCGAUGAGUUUCUCGAGGUUUACAAAGGCGUUAUCAGCGAUUACAACGCGCUGGUUUUGAGUUUUCUGGAUGGGCCGUGUUUGGCCUUGGAGGUGGCCUCAAAAUCGGGCGAUUGCGAUGUGCACGGUCAAUUUAGAAAGUUUUGUGGCCCGUACGAUACCGAAAUUGCCAAGCAAAUUCGACCCAAUUCUUUAAGAGCUAAAUUCGGGGUAGACAAGUACAAAAAUGCGGUGCAUUGUACGGACUUGCCCGAUGAUACUGGCAUAGAGCUGGAGUAUUUCUUUAAGAUAUUAAACGAUUAUCUUAAUAAAUUAAAAGCUGCUAAAAUGAAGUACUGUUUGGUUGUGGUUUUAUUUACUAUUUGCAGUGGCUUCCCACAGAAGCCAAUAAAAUUAGGCAAUGAAGAGGACAGAGAAAUGAGGAACCAAAUAGCUUUGGAUUGUAUCGACAAAAUUGGCAUUGAAAAGGAAAUGAUUCUAAAGGCCGUAGCUACCAGAACUUUCCCGGAAGAUAGAAAAUAUAAGGACUUUCUAGCUUGCAGCUACAAAAAGCAGGGAUUUCAACAAGAAGAUGGCACAUUAUCGAUAGAAAAUCUAAAGAUUUUUAUGGAAAGAUUUUACAAACGCGAAGAAUUAAGUGUAAUGGAACCUUGUGCACUUAUUACUGGACCUACGCAUGGUGAUAUCGCACGAAGUGCAGCAAUUUGCCUUAUAGAAAGUAUAGAACCCUUAGAAGCAAUUAAUGAUUUAUAAUUAAUUUUAUUUUUUCACCUCAAAUUGUUUUUGUACAAAUAUUUUAAAUUAAAUAAAUAAAUUAUAGAGAAAUAAAUGAUCAUCACACUUUAAAUAUAAGUUCAAUUGAACAAAUAUAUUAUUUAUUAUAUUGAAAUAAAUAAAA